CCCAACAAUAAGAGCCCACCUCUUGUAGCACAGCCUUACGGACGGUCCGUGGAGAACUAAAACGCUAAAGGCUUUGGACACACAAGCAUUAGAUUAGCACCCAGCAGUUGUCCCGCAACGGGGGCUGAUGAUCAGUCGGGGCAAGAUGUGGGUUUGGUACUUUCUGCUCGGCUCGGGAACGCGUAUGGGCUCGGUCGAUUGUCAGCUUCUACAAGGAAAUAACUUUACAACAGAGUGCAACAUUCCAGGAAAUUUUAUGUGCAGUGAUGGUGAAUGUAUUCCUGGAGGUUGGCAGUGUGAUGGCUUUCCUGACUGUUUCGACAAGAGCGACGAGAAGGGAUGCCUGAAGGUGAAGGCAAAAUGUGCACCCACAUUCUUUGCAUGUGCAAAUGGGGUCCACUGCAUUAUUGGCCGCUUCCAGUGUAAUGGUUUCAGAGACUGCCCCGAUGGUAGCGAUGAAGACAACUGCACUGCUAAUCCUCUGGUGUGUUCAUCUGCACGGUUUCACUGUGACAAUGGACGGUGUGUGGAUCGCAGCUUUCUAUGCAAUGGACAGGAUAACUGUCAAGAUAACAGCGAUGAAAAAAACUGCCUUACGACAGCAGAAUCCCCUGGACAGGACUUUGUGACACUGGACUAUCGACUACGCUAUUACCCCAGUAUCACAUAUGCAGUUAUCGGCAGUGCCAUCAUCUUUGUCCUAGUAGUGGCAUUGCUGGCCCUUGUCCUGCACCAUCAGAGAAAGCGAAGUGUCUUGUUACCACAGGAGGUCUACAGAGGUGCCUGCCACCAACCACUCCUGCUCUCCCGGCUUGUCAUACUGGACAGAGGACAUGCCCAUCCUGGAAGCCAUGACCUUUCACCCCAGUGUUCCUCUUCAACAGAGGCUUUCAGCUCAGUGCAUAGUCUCCAGUUCCUCUCUUUUUCUCAAUAUCAAAGAACUGCGAUAGACUUGCCACCAUCAUACUCACAGGCUGUACUGGAUGUGGGACGACCCGCAUGGUUUGAUCUCCCACCUCCUCCUUACCCUCCAGAGACUACUACAGCUCAGUCUGAAAGAGAACCACCUGUAUAUGAGGACCCAGAGUCAGCCAGAGCUGUAUUAUUUCAAACCUGGAUCAACAACACCAACACUGACACUAGUUGUGACAAUAGACUAGAGUCUUAACAGACACCACUGUGAAUUCAGAAGAUAUGGACUAUGUGUACAUAAACUCUAUACAGAGUGUUCAAAAAUAAAAGCAUUUAUGACGAUGACCAUGGUUUUAUUAUAGCAACCAUGUUCUUUUGGUUCAAGUCAAAUCCCAAUUAAUCAAAGAUUUAAAGUUAAUGAGAUAAUUAAGUGACUAAUUGUGCUGAUGAUUGUGCGUUAAUAAUGAACACCUGCUGUUAACAAUCAACAUCACUGAAGAAAAGAGAAAAACAAGAUGAUUGAGCACUUGAAGUGAUCUCUUGCGUAUUGACUGACAUUCAGCUGAUGCUGAACUGAUGAAAAAAAAAAUUAAGCAGUUACACCACAAUACUUUGCUAUUGAAUAACUGUUACUAAAGUGAACAUGCAAAAAAUAAUUUGACUAGCUCAUGAUGAGUAACUCAUCGCAUAAAAACAACUAACAGAUGCUUGGGUUUAUUACUACGACUUACAAACAGAGUGAAUUACAAACCAGAACCUUACAAAAACCUCAAAAGUUUAUAAUGACUUAAUUACUGACUUCGAGUUAUCACGAUCUUCACUUUAGAAUACUGAUCCAAAAAACAGCAAUUCCUUUAGAAGGAUAUAAUAACCAAUGUUGGAGGUAACACAUUUCAAGUAACUAGUAAAGUAAUGCAUUACUUUUUAAUUUACAAGAAAAUAUCUUACUUAUAGUUACUAUAGUUACAAAAUAUCUGAGUUACUUUUUCCAUUUUUUUCCUGGCAUGUCUUCUGUCCCCAUGUUGGAAGAAAUCUAGACUAAAUGUUCUAGACUAAAUGUCAACAUGCAUUAAUUGUAACUUUUAAAAGUAACUUUCCCCAGCACUGAUAGUAACAUCUGAAUAAUUACUAUUCAAUACUUUAUAAAACCCACAAAAGCUUGCAGUGAUUUUUAGUUUAUCAUAAUCUUCACUUUAGAAAACUGAUCCAAACAAUUAGUAAUUCUCUCUGAAGUAUUUGGUAAGACUUGAGUCAUUACUAGUGGGUUACCAUGACCUUCACUUUAGAAUUAAUUAAACAUUAUGUAUUAUUCAUAUUACUUAAGAACCCGUAUACUGUAAUUCUUCGUAGUUCUUGGGGAGCUAUGGAAAAAUAAUUCAUUACUGAUUAGCUAAUAGUGAACUACCACAUUCAAACUAAGUACUAUCACUAACUAAUUCAUUAAUCAGAGUUUAGUUAGUUAGUAGUACUUACUAGAGUGCUUCUCUAUCUUGUGUUACUGGUAUGUUCUAAUGUAGUUCUUCACCAAUGAUGAAACCGUAUUCUAAAGUGUUAUCAAUGUUUUUCUGUAAAACACCAUAUGCUAUAGAGAGACACAGAGAAGUCAAUGCUCAAGAGCCCAGUGAAAACAAACAUCAAUCUCCAUUAUGGCAUCAUUUUAACCAAUAAAAUAUCAAGAUCUGAUCCUCUGUAACUCUCAAUAACAGCAGGUGUUCAUCACUAAUUUACAAUCAUCAUUUAAAUACUCAAUUAAGGAUCUUAUUACUAUAAUAAAACCAUGGUUAAUUUUCAUAAGAACAUGUAGAUUUUGUAGAUUUGUACAGUUGGGUUCCUUUCUGUAUUACUCUUAUCAUAUCCAGUAUAGAUGGGGCUAAUCCAAAAUUAGCUUUUUUUGCUACUUUUGCAAAUGUAUAAUUGAUACUCUUGACUGCAGAAUUGACUUUACCUAAAAGGUAAAGAUAUCAAACCUCAUUCUUGUGAGUAGCAGUUUCAUGGAUGUGCUUAAUCGUUUUCGAGAUUUACAAAAACUGUGGGGACAGUUGUUUUAAUAUUUGAUUAUCACAGGUUUACAUAGAGGUCAGUUUUUAUAUACCCUGUGAGUUUGAUGUAAAUUGGGAAUGCAGAAUGCCUGUGUCCAUGUAUUAAUGUUUAUAAAUAUGAGGAAGUUUAUGAAAGAGCUAAGUAACUGCUGGUUCCAGAGGUGGAAAAUUCAGAGGAUAAAGAGCAAAAGUGCUUCCAUAUUUUUGUUUUACUAACUCAGCAGCUGAGGAGGACCGAGUAAUUCCUAAUAAGACACAAGUCCUCAGAGAGUUAAAGGUAUGAAAUAUAAGUUGCUAAUUUAAUAAUGUGCAUUAGUGAUGAUGAACACCUGCUAUUAUUGAGAAUUACAGAGGAUCAGAGGUUGAUGUUUUAUUGGUUAAAAUGAUGCCACCAUCACAGAGACCAGUGUUUGGAGACCAGGUGGACUCUUGACCCAUAACUCCUGUGUUGGAUCUUUCUCUAUAGCAGAGAGAUCAGUUUUUUAUUUGGUAACAUAAGCAUCAUGAUCUCACCUUGGUUUAUUGAUACGUUUAGGUUUUGCAUAAUCAACCCUGUUGCAAACUACAGUGAGCAAGGAAAGAAAUGCACAAGAGCCCAACUAAAGCAAACACUGAUCGCGGUGAUGGAGGCAAUGUCUUCUUUCUUUUUCCUUUUUUCUUUCCAGUUGAUUGCAUCCAAGUCCUUUGGCUUUGUGUUUCUCUUUUCUUCAGUGAUGUUGAUUGUUAACAGCAGGUGUUUAUCACUAAUGCGUAACCAUAAUUUUUUUUGUCACUUAAUUAUCUCAUUAACUUUAACUCUUUGCGGAAUUGAGAUUUGCUUGUGACUUGAAAGGUGACUUUGUUCCUCUGGUAAAAUCAGACUGCGGAGUUCAUUGCUGAAAUAAAAAUGCGGCAGGACUUUUACUUUUUGUCCUCUGGAUUUCCAGCUCUGCUAUCUUCAGUCUCUGCUCAAGAGUGUUGCACAGAUUUGAUUUCUCUCACCCUGUCUUUUUACACUUUUUACCCUGAUCAUUAUAGGUUAAUAAAAGUGCCUACAUA